AGAAGUAACAUAAAGUGUAACUUCAACAUGUCUACAACACUUAAUGUCUUAAGAAGACAUUUACUAGGUUUUUAUCAAUCAAAACGCUCGCUGUUCCACUGGAUUAAUUUGCAAUUUAAUGUAGUGGACGAGAAUCGUAGGAAUAGCUUUGGCCCUGAUCGCAUCUGUGCAGAAUGGAUUUUAAGAAAUGGUGGUACAGUUAAAUGGGUAAAUUCAAAUGAAAUUUUAAGUGAUUACAAUGAACUGCCAAAGGAGGGAACAAUGUUGCAGUUACAAGUAAUAGAUGCAUCUAACUCGAGUAUCAUGCAUAAUGGUUUUGCUCAUUUUAAAGGAUGUAAUUAUAUAACAAAAGUUGUAUUUCACAAAUGUAAUUAUUUAGAAGAUAGAGCUUUUGAGGAAUUGCAUUAUUUAAAGAAAUCAUUACUGUUUCUUCAAAUAUCUAGUUGUCCGAAUAUUUCAGAAAAAGGUCUUAUGCAUUUGCAUGUUCUUACUAAAGUUAGAGAACUAAUAAUGUUUGAUUUGCCGUCUGUAAAAAAUAAAAAUAAUAUUGUACAUAUUCUAAAAAGUAGUUUGCCUCAAUGUUAUAUAAAAUAUUAAGAUAUUGUAUUAAAUUUUUGAAUGAACACCUCAUAUUUUUUUAAUAAGUUUGAAUGGGUUCAGCUCUUUUAUAAUGUAAGAGAAAGCUUUCAUGCCUAUAGAAAUGUAUAUUUAAAAUCUCUUGUAUAUCAUAAAUUGACAAUGUGGCAAAGUGUGGGAAGUAAUGAAUGUGAGCGUCUUUUAUAAAAAAUUAAACUGUUAAAGAUGUUUUUUUGAAUCUAUUGGUUGUUUUUAUUUACUUUAAAUAUAGUGAUUAUUAAGAACCGCA